UCUGCACGCGCCUUAUUUUGACAAGAUAGUUCAUGUUACGCACCACCAAGUGGUGACUCCCUGAUGUUGUCUCUUGGGUGAGAGCAACGCUCAAACCUCAUCGUCUUCGUCACCCGAAAAACAAGACAAAAAGUUUUUCUGGUACGGAAGACGAGAAAAAACACAGCAGACGUCACAGACACAUUUUUGAGCGUCAGGAUGGUGGUAGCUUACGAGGGCCAGUCAUUCACCUCCCUGCGAAAUCAAUGUCGGCGAAACGGCCGUCUGUUUGAAGACCCCCUGUUCCCCGCCACAGACCAAUCUCUCUUCUACCAGGCCAACCGCAUCGGCAACAUCAUCUGGAAGAGGCCGCAGGAGUUAUGUCAAGAGCCGCACCUCUUUGUGGACGGCCUGAGUGCCCACGACCUCCACCAAGGCCAGCUGGGAAACUGUUGGUUCGUGGCAGCCUGCUCCACCCUGGCGACGCAAGAUGGUCUUUGGCAGAAGGUCAUUCCCGACUGGAAGGACCAAGAGUGGGACGAGAGCCACCCGGAGUUGUACGCCGGCAUCUUCCACUUCCGCUUCUGGAGGUUCGGCGAGUGGGUGGACGUGGUGAUCGACGACCGGCUGCCCACACUCAACGGUAAUCUGGUCUACUGCCGCUCCAACGACCCCAACGAGUUCUGGAGCGCCUUGGUGGAGAAGGCCUAUGCUAAGACGUGCGGCUGCUACGAGGCGCUGAACGGCGGCAACACGGCAGACGCGCUGGUGGACUUCACGGGCGGCGUGUCGCAGUCCAUAUGCGUGAGUGAAAGCGACGCCAAGGACAACGUGGAGACGCAAGCCGAGCUCUUCAGGCGAGUGCUCAAAGUCCACGAGAGGGGAGGGCUCAUCAGCGCCUCUGUAGCGGCGAGCAGCUCAUCCGACAUGGAGGCCCGCAUGCCCAAUGGCCUGGUCAAAGGUCACGCCUACGCCGUGACGGACGUGCGACGCGUGCGACUCGGUCACGGCUUCCUGGCCUUUUUCAAGUCCAAUAAACUCGAAAUGAUCCGCCUGAGGAACCCUUGGGGGCGCAGCGAGUGGAGCGGACCCUGGAGCGACAGUUCAGAAGAGUGGAAGAAGGUCAGUAGCCGUGAACGCGAGAACCUCGGCGUCGUGGUGCAAAACGACGGAGAGUUCUGGAUGACGUUCGGCGACUUCAUCUCCAACUUCACGGACCUCAUCCUGUGCCGCAUGAUCAACACGUCUUACCUGAGCUUGCACAAGACCUGGGAGGAGGUGACGUUGCGCGACUCCUGGAGUCGCCAUGACGACGAGCUGAAGAACCGGGCUGGCGGCUGCGCCAACAACAAGCAGACCUUCCUCCAAAACCCUCAGUACAUCUUCGACGUGACCAAGAGCGAGGACGAGGCUCUCGUAUGUCUGCAGCAGAGAGACCGCAGGGCCUCGCUGAAAGAAGGACGAGGAGAGAACCUGGCCAUCGGCUUUGAAAUCUACAAGGUGGAGUUGAACCGGAAGUACCGUAUGCACGCUCCCCAGCAGAAGGCGGCCGGCUGCACCUACAGCAACGCCAGGUCUGUGUUCCUACGCGUUGACCUGAAGGAGGGCCGCUACGUCAUCCUGCCGACCACCUUCGAGCCCAACCUGGAGGGAAACUUCCUUUUGCGCAUCUUCACCGAUGUGCCGUCGCGCUGCAGGGAGCUGCGUGAAGAUCAGCCCCCUCGCACCUGUUGGACGGGUUUGUGUGGUUACCCAUCGCUGGUCUCGCAAGUACAUGUCAUCGAAGGCAACGCACUGACUGGUAAUAACACGUACGUGACCGUUCACUGCGAAGGAGACACGAUUCGCUCCGCUGUCCACGACGAGACUCGCAGUCCCAACUUUGACACCAAGGGGAUCUUCUACCGGAAGAAAAGCGGCGACUCCAUUGUCAUCAAGGUGUACAACCGGAACAGGUUGAUGGACUCGUUCCUGGGCGAGUUGACGCUGUCCACCGAAGCGGGCGACAUCAGCAAGAGGAUGCAACUGCGGAACAAAAGCGGCCAGCUGCUGGAGCACCUCGGAACCCUCAGCGUCGUCGUGGUGAGCAGCUCUGUGCUCACCAGCUUCUGAGACGACGCACUGUAGGCUUCUCCUCUGUUACAUUUCUUUCCAGUUUGACAGUAUUAUUUCAUUUGAAUACUUUUUAAGCUAUUUUUUCUUUUAUUAUGCACGUUAUUUUAGUUUACUUUUUUUCAUAUUUAUUUCAUUUCUACAAAUAAAAACAAAUCACUUUAUUUCAUUUCUACAAAUAAAAACAAAUCACUUUAUUUCAUUUCUUUUUUGUUUUCCUUAUUUCACCACUUGUAUUUUAUUCUGAUAUAUUCUAUUUUUCUAUUGAAUCAAAUUUUUAAAACUUUUUUUUUUUGUCAUUUUGAAUAUUUAUGACAUUUUCAUUUUUAGAACAUUUGUCAUUAGUAUUUCAUUUCAAUUUGAUUAUAUUUUUGUUGCUUUGAAACUCAGUGUCGCUGUUGUACAGCUUCCAGAAGAUAACAUGACUACACUAAUAUGAUUUAUUGUUUCCAUCACCAUUUAUUUUGUUUACAUCCAGUACAACCUUACAACUGCCUUUGUUAUUCAAGCAAACAUGAACUCGAGUGUCAAAAAAUGUCACCGCACAAUUGUUUUAAAAGAACCAAGAAACAUCACUUUAAUGCCAUUGUUUACGCAUGUGUGUGUUUUGAAGUACUACUAUCUACUUUGUUUAUUCAUUUGUUAAACUCAUAUUCCAAGUUUAUUUUUGUCAUUCAUUUAUUGCUACACUUUCUUAUUCAUUCAAUAAAGCUGAUUAUGAAUCAAA